GGAGACGGAAGUCCUCCGGACUAUAGAGAACAAAGACCAGCUUUGGCUCACCACACCGGGGCUGCUUUGUUGAAUAACUUGGCUUGCUCAAACGAAUUCCUUUUUAAUAUUAAGUCAAGACGUUGUAAACAAGUUUACAAUGAAGGUCAUAUGACCAGACAAGUUUCUCUGAAGGGGAGGAAGAGUGAAGAUUUGAUUAGAGACAAUGGCAAAGAAGGUUGCGGUGAUUGGAGCAGGGGUCAGUGGCCUGAUCUCUCUGAAGUGCUGUGUGGACGAGGGUCUGGAGCCCACCUGCUUCGAAAGGACUGAAGAUAUCGGAGGACUGUGGAGGUUCAAAGAAACCGUGGAAGAUGGCCGAGCUAGCAUCUACCGCUCCGUCAUUACCAACACGAGCAAAGAAAUGUCCUGCUUCAGUGACUUCCCGAUGCCGGAGGAUUUCCCCAACUUCCUGCACAACUCUAAACUCCUGGAAUAUUUUAGGAUCUUUGCCAAGAAAUUUGAUCUCCUAAAAUAUAUUCAGUUUCAGACAACCGUCAUUAGUGUGAAAAAACGCCCAGAUUUCUCAUCUUCUGGGCAAUGGGAAGUUUAUACUCAGAGCAAUGGCAAGGAGCAACGUGCUGUCUUUGACGCUGUUAUGGUUUGCAGUGGCCAUCACAUCCAGCCUCACUUGCCACUCAAGUCAUUCCCAGGUAUUGAGAGGUUCCAAGGCCAAUAUUUCCAUAGCCGCCAAUACAAGCACCCAGUGGGAUUUGAGGGGAAACGCAUCCUGGUGGUUGGAAUAGGAAACUCAGCAGCAGAUAUUGCCUCUGAGCUGAGCAAGAUGGCUGCGCAGGUGUUUAUCAGCACCAGACAUGGUUCCUGGGUCUUGAGCCGAAUCUCUGAAGAUGGCUACCCUUGGGACAUGGUAUUCCACACCAGGUUUAGCUCCAUGCUCCGAAAUGUCCUGCCCCGCACAGUUGUCAAGUGGAUGAUGGAACAACAGAUGAAUCGCUGGUUCAACCAUGAAAAUUAUGGCCUGGUGCCUCAAAACAAAUACCUUAUGAAAGAACCUGUACUGAACGACGAUCUCCCCAGCCGCCUGCUGUACGGAGCCAUCAAAGUGAAAACACGAGUGAAGGAGCUCACGGAGACAGCUGUGGUCUUCGAGGAUGGCACGGUGGAGGAAAAUGUGGAUGUCAUUGUCUUUGCCACGGGGUACACGUUCUCUUUUCCUUUCCUGGAAGACUCACUUGUUAAAGUGGAGGAUAAUCGGGUCUCACUGUACAAAGCCAUGUUUCCCCCUCAUCUGGAGAAGCCAACCCUUGCAUGUGUGGGUCUCAUCCAGCCUCUGGGCUCCAUCUUCCCAACUGUAGAGCUUCAGGCGCGUUGGGCGACAAGAGUUUUCAAAGGCUUGUGUAGCUUGCCUUCGGAGACGACUAUGAUGGCAGACAUUGUAGAGAGAAAUAAAAAGAGAAUCGACCUGUUUGGAAAAAGCCAGAGCCAGAUACUGCAGACCAAUUACGUUGACUACCUGGAUGAACUCGCCUUGGAGAUAGGUGCGAAGCCAGACUUCAUCUCUCUCCUUUUCAAAGACCCUAAACUGGCUGUGAAACUCUACUUCGGACCCUGCAAUUCCUACCAGUACCGCCUCGUUGGACCUGGGCAGUGGGAAGGAGCCAGGAAUGCCAUCCUCACCCAGAAGCAGAGGAUUCUGAAGCCCCUAAAGACUCGAACUCUCCAGACCUCAGCUAGUGCCCCAGUGUCUUUCCUGCUCAAGAUCCUGGGGCUGCUCGCUGUGGUUCUGGCCUUCUUUUUCCAACUUCAGGGGUUCUAAUCAGUCACAUGGCACUCUUCUCCAUCACUGCUUCUUAAAAGGGAGACUGAAGAAAUUACAUCCUCAUUAUAAGUUUACUUCAGGGGAACAGGUAGUGGGACUAAUUGUAGGGAGAUCAGAAGACUUAGGUCGAGAUAUAAAACUAAAUUAAGGUCACAGGAUGUUCUUAUCAUUCUGUUUCUUCAAAUUCAUCAGUCUCCACACGGUAUUCUACAAUAACACCAGCACAGGUAGAUAGUGUCAUCAGCCAUGGCAGGUUUUGAGUUACAUGAUAAAAAAAAAUCAAUAAAAUUAUGCAGAAUAAAAAGUAA